UGUUAAUCUGUUAAUUCCAUAAUAAUAAUAACUAAUGGAAUAAUUAGUUUUUUAGUUAUACAAUUGUAUUUUACUGUUUGCCAUAAUGAGUUUUACCCACGUUGCAGCUUCAAUUGGUAAUUUGAUCGGUUUUGUGGGCGGUACAGCUCUAACAUGGACGUCUCCAGAAUUAUCCAAACUUGAAAAUGCCGAUGAAACCCCUUUGGAUCAAGUGUACAGCAAAGACUCCUCUGAAAUAACAUGGUUGGGUGCCAUAAUGCCCUUGGGUGCCAUAUUUGGCCCUAUAAUCUUUGGUUUCCUCGCCAACAAAAUCGGAAGGAAAUGGUCCAUAUUGAUCCUGGCACCCCCAUUUAUACUCUGCUAUGGUCUCUUAGCGUUCAGCGCCAAUAUGACCUGCUUUUUAUUAGCUAGAUUGGUUGUUGGACUGGGGGUGGGAGGAGUUUUUACAGUGUUGCCUAUGUAUCUUAGCGAAAUUGCCACCGAUGCCAACCGAGGAGUCCUUGGAGCUUCGAUGAAUUGCUUUAUAUGCUUCGGAAUAUUCUUCUCGUACGCUGUUGGGCCUUAUAUGUCCUGGAUGUACUUCAAUUUGCUUCUUACUAUAUUCCCUUGCAUUUUUUUGCCUUUGUUCUUCAUUUUUGCACCCGAAACUCCGCAUUAUUUAUUGGGUAAAGGCGAAUAUCAAGCGGCCAGAGAAUCUCUGGACAAACUGAGAGGCGGAGAGUCAGCCGAUGAGCUGCAGGUGAUCAAAAAAAUGCUGGAGUCUACAGGGGAAGGAUCUUUCUUUGAAAUCUUCACGAAUAAAGGCAACAAGACGGCUCUUAUAAUGUCUUUGGGGUUGGUAGGUUUUCAACAAUUUUCCGGAAUCAACGCAGUGCUAUUCUUCGCGCAAGACAUAUUCACAGGAGCUGGUGUCGAUUUGGCUCCCGAAAUCUGCUCUAUAUUCGUCGGAUUAACGCAGUUUGGAACCAGUUUUGUGACACCCUUACUCUCAGAUCGCCUAGGAAGAAAAAUCCUUCUUGUGGCCUCCGCUGUCGGUAUGGUUAUAGCUGAAGUACCUCUGGGACUGUUCUUCUAUCUUAAAGAUGAUGGCCAGAAUGUAGCCAGCAUCAGCUUUCUACCAAUUUUAUGCCUGAUAUUCUACAUUAUAACCUACAACUCCGGUUACGGUCCUCUGCCGUGGUCAGUGAGCGCGGAACUGUUCCCCUCGAACGUUAAAUCCAUCGCCUCGACUUUCACGGCCUCCUUCUGUUGGUUCCUAGGCUUCCUGAUCACUUUGUUCUUCCCCUCGAUUAGCAAAAACAUCGGUUCUGGACCGGCCUUCUGGAUUUUCGCCGGUUUUGCUGCGGGCGCCAUUCCGUUCUCCAUGUUUUACGUUAUCGAAACCAAAGGAAAAAAUGUGGCUGAUAUUCAAGCUAUACUUAACAAAUAGAUAAUAAUUAUUAUUAAAUGAUAUUUUUUGUUUUAUUUAUUGAUUAUGUUUAGGUUUUUUUGAAAUAAAAGAAUGUUUUGUG